UCGAGGUGAUGGACGUUUUCAGCGAAGUGUUCUAUAAAACCUAGAAACACGCCGCGAUUAUUCUACAAAUAGCAACGUUUCACAAGGGGCUUAGAGCCUCUCGCAAACAUGGCUGCCGUAUUUGGCCUUGCAGUCAGAAACCAUUCCUCUUCUUGCUUAUCAAUCUUCGGCAAAUACAGAUGUUGUUACUUAAUUUCACAGGAGAUAAGGAGUCGCCGCAAGCUGUUUUAUGCAAUUUGGAUUUGCAUAUUACUCAGCAAACAAAUUCUACCCUUACAAAAACCGAAGAGGGGUUCGACAGUUUGGAUCAGCAGAGACAAAAGUGCCUCAAGUAUCGCAAAAAGCAGUACAACAAGAUGGACCGAACUUGGAUGGCCAGGUUGACAAUUGUCGUUGCAGCAGCCAUUUCGGUUUUGGGGCAGAGUCAAGCCGGUGAUGAGCUACUGGCUGUUAAAAACAUGAUGCCAAGACCCCACCAAGAACGCAAAAUAAAGGAAUACGUAGAGAAACAGCUCUCUGCACUGUUUGGCUUCAGUAAGAAGGUUGUUCCCCGAAACACGUUGCAUGUACCCGACCAUCUGUGGACGAUGUACCGCAAAUGGAAUGGCGAAGUUCACGAUGACACAGACAAGAUGACGAAUGUUGUCAGAAUACUGCACCAUGACGACUCGAAACUUCAGUUUGGCAAGGAAUCUAUAUUGUUCAACCUGAAUGAUUUUCCAAACAACGAGAAGAUUCGAAAGGUUGAGCUGCAUGUUUUCAAGACGGCUAAAGAUUCGUUUAGAGAUGGAGCAAAGGCAUAUCUCCAUGCUCACACUCACAACAAAGGAACGUCAAGGCUUCGGAGAUCUCUUGUGGAGGAGCGGCAUAUAAAUACAUCAGAACCCAAAUGGGAGAAAUUUGAUGUGACAACUGUCGUUCAAAAUUGGCUGGAUAACCGUGUAAAGAAACAUAUGUUUACAAUUGAAGUGCAAAAUGCAAAGAAUGGAUUGACUCUACCCUGGGAAGCAAUGGUACUGAGCAAGGUCGAACCAUCCAUGGUUACUGUCAUGGAUUGGGAACGACAAAGGCCGUUUCUUGUUGUUGAGAGUUCAAUAGCCGGUAUGAAGCGAGAACGCCGCGCGGUACGAGGAAAUCCGCGCGGCCGGGACUCGAACCGCCACAGCAGCAGACACCGAGCAAGAAAGUUGCACGAAAAGGCGAAGAAAGAAAUGUGCCGAAGAAGACCUUACUACCUUGAUUUUGAAAGCAUUGGUUGGCACAAGCAGAUAGUCCAUCCCAUGGGUUUCGAUAUGUACUACUGUCAGGGCACAUGCCCCAAGCCCCUUGGACCCCAUAUGAAUACAACAAAUCACGCUGUGAUACAAAACCAAAUGAACAGUUUCGACCCAUCUUUGGUUCCUCCUCCGUGCUGCGUACCUUCAUCGCUAGGGGAUACGAACAUUUUAUACAUCGAUAUGGGGAACCAAAUAGUCAUGAAAACUUACUCUGACACAGUUGUCCAAGGCUGUGGCUGUAGAUAGUGGUAAAAUUCAAAACAAAAGCGCAGCAGCCCGUCCGAGGGAUUUGCGUUUCCAGUAGACCCCCGUCAAUCGAUGACCGUAGACUGAAGAAACGAGAAUUUGCCUCCUUUCAUUGACAGCUAUAGGCAUUGCGUUGACCGUUUACACAAAAGUCUUCUGAACUGGAAAAGAAGAAUCGCUGAAUUGAACAGUAUAGUUAACAAAGUCGAUUGAAAGUGCAACGCAUUUGUUGUAAAAGUCGCAGACGACGUGCAACGAUCGACAUCCGGGAUCCAUUCUCAUUACCAGGCCUAUUCUAAUAACAAAAGGUCUUGUAGAUUAUAAUUGAAAACAAAGCCAUGGAGAUAAGUAUCGAAAUGUACAAACGAGUAUUCAAAUCCACAGAGCAAUUGUUUCAACCAAUGUCAUUGAUCAUAUCUAGCACUAAAAGGGUACAUUUUAGUAAGGAGCAUUUUUAGUUCAAGUAAAAUGGCAAGUAGACUGGCAAAGAGAUCACGUCAAAAAUAUCUAGUAUUUGCUUUUAAUCAUAUCACCUGGAAGUGCAUUAUGAAAUACCUAUAUAUGUAUCAGAUUGGUUUAAUGUUUUACGGAUUGUCUGAGAUAUAACGAGACGAACAUCAAAAUUUGAAGACGGUAAUUUGAUGGUGCCGUCACUUUAGCACUCUAUUGAAGUAAGAUGAGAAAGCUACUUUAUCAAAGAUGCGACAAUCAAGAAACACUUUUCAAGGAAAUGAUAUUUAAAAAAAAAUUGGUGUCAGAAAAUCGAAAACAUCAUUUGCAGUAUUAAAUCGCCACAGGGCAGUUUGACACAGAGUUUUAGGGUUUCAUAGUGCUAUUUUGAAACACUCUUUGAAUUGAAUUUGAAGUUAACUUUUAAGUCAUUUUAAAUCAAUACCCGAAUUGGAGUAGACACAAAACUUGUAGGCUACACAAAGGACAAUAUAUAGCUUGGGAAUAUGCUUAUAUGACAAUGGUUCGUAUUUUGAUUAGUAAAACCCUAAAUGUUUAGAGCAUAUCUUAUCAUUAAUUUUUUCCUUGGUUGCAACCAGGAUGAUAUCAAUUGGACUUAUCAAUUUUACAGGGGCGGACAGGCAGCACUUUCCCAGGGAUGCUGGUGCUGAUAUUAUGGGGGUCCGAAAAAGUGGAUUUGUAAAAUUUAGAAUACAAUGAAGAGACUCUGUAUAGAAUGCGAUCGUUUCCCAGCAUCCCUUGUCAGUCCACUUCUGUCAUUUGACGUUUCUCUAUCAUUUCAAUGAAUAUUUUUCAGUAAUUAUCUAUCUUAUACUAAAAUCAAAAAAUUGCAAUUUCCGUGUACAUACCUUAAGCGUUCCCUUGUUGAAAGCGUGUAAAUAUAAAGUGAAUAAGAUGGUAGUUAAUAAAGCAGUCUUUGCAUGCCAGUAACAGGCCUAGUAAAUUUCUGCGAGACAGUACCCUUUCGAGUUGAAUGAUCCAUCGAAAAAAGAGCCAGUUGCUUAAUAAAAGUAUCAGAUACAAUAGCCCUAUAUUUACUAAUUCAAGCAAAAUACCAAUGUUUCCCAGAUUAAAAUAUAUAUAUUUUUGUAACGGAACACUUUUUGUGUAGAAUUUAAGUAUGUAGUACUAAUAACAUUAUUGUCUAGAGAGAAUGCUUGUUAAGUGACAAAGUAUGCAGUAUUUAAAUUAUUACGUAAACUUGUAAUCGAAAGAUAGAUGUAACAUCUGAAGCGUUGUCUAAUUAAUUAAAGAGUUACGAAGCACCGAUAUUAUAUUUCUUUUCCAGUAGCCUCAAAUAUCUUGAUGAAGGUAAGCUGAGAGAGCUUCUGCUCUAUCCUCAAGGCACAAGAAUCAGACUCGCUAGGUCAUUAUUCACCGUGAGCUAAAAGUCAAUCAGGUCCGAUGUCUUAAGUUGAUCGAAAACUCAAAGAAUCGUGUUCGGAAUGGUUUUUAGAAAUCUCUUGUGGCUGUCCUAGUGAACAAAGUUCAUUGAACCAUUUGAUUAGCAGGGUUUUCGAUACUCUCUUGAGAUUUUGCCCUGUCCUCAUCAAUUAUCAUCAGAGCAGCGAAAACCACGAUGUCGACGAGGUAAAAUGGUAAAGCUUGGCUCUCUCCAUUAUCUCGAUGAUCUUUUUUCCUUCUUAAUAGUCAACAAGGACUGUUUAGAAUGGCACAUGAAAAUGCAGAAGCUGAAAUGAAAAACACAAGGAUCAAACUAGCUGAAAUUGAUUCAAUACAGCACAUGAUUGACAUAUUGUUACACUUGAUAUGAUAGGCACCUGGUUUACCGUUGUAGCCAUCUGGUUUUAUAAAUCACAACAGGAGCCGUACUUUCAAGCAAAAAGUUACCUUGUAUAUUAUUUUUGUUGGUAUGGGAAUCCCUGGCUUGAUAUCUUUAGUCUUUUCAUUGAAGUCUUUACAAAAUUGCAUAAUGUUUACUCCUCUCUAUGAAAAAAUGAAAUACGGUUGCAUUGGUUUUUGCUAGUUUUAUCAGUUCAUUAAAAAGCUCCUAAAUACACAGCUACAAAUAAAAAUUCCAGAGCAUGACAAUAAUGAUGCACCGAAGAUGCAGGGGCAGUAGCUUCCAGGGCGCACCUAAAAGUAUAAAAUUGAAUAUAAUUCUGGAAAGAUUUAUUGUGCUGACACACCUGGCAUCUUCGUGUGGAUUUUGCACAAAAAUACCUGAGGUGCAGGCCUGUUGGUGCACAAACGUUUGUGACAAAAUUAGCCAUACAUACUCUAUUAUCUGGAAACUGGAGGCUAAUAAUUUUCAAUUUCAAUCAGAUUGUUAUUUUAAUAAAAUAUAAAAUUGGCUGUAAAUAAGCUAUAUUUUUUCCAGCCUAUUUAGAUUAUGACGAUGAUG